AUGGUAAUUGUAGAGGAACUUGCUAUCUUUGAAGACAGCGCUGUGAUCAGGAAAGAAGGUAAAGAAUUUGCAUAUUCAAGCUUUAUUUCAGAAAAGGUGGGAUGCUGUGUAAAAUGUUGAUAAAUAUAGAUUUAAAUUGGAUUUUAAAAAGUCCAAAGACAAGACUACAAAUGGUGAAACUGAGAAUUUUUUUGGUAUAUAAUAAAUGCUUAUCUCAAAAUCUAUCCCCGCUGUGUCUUCCAAAAAGUCAGGACAGACAGCAAACAUCUUCAAAAUAAUUAGGUUAUCUUAGCAAAUAAUAAAGCUGAGUUUGUUGAUCUGUGAGAGACAGUGUGGGUUUACAGUUUAAGAGUAAUGCUACUGGUGUUGAAUUUCAAAAUUUAUUGUUGUUGAUUGUUUUUAGCCUCUGUGAGGCACUUUGAAUUACAUUUUUUGUCUGAAAAGUGCCAUAAAAAUAAAGUUGAAUUCGAAGUUGAGAAAAAUAAAGUUGAAUCCCUUAGUGUAAUUUACAAACCACCAAUUUAAAAAAACAACAACAAAAAAAAUUCAAACCUAUUUUGGAUUAGGGUUGCAUUUAUAUAAAAAUCCUCAAACUUUAAAAUCUUUUAGAAUAUUUUCUUGGGGAAAAAACAACAUUUUAUACACUUUUAAAUGUUUUAUCAAAUGAGCUAAGUUAAGGUACAUUGAACAUUGUUCUUGAAUUAAAAAUUUACUUUCAAAUCUACGGUGGCUUUUAUCCUUUUAUUUUCGCAGUAAAUAUUUUUUUAUUCCAUCACCACUUUUUUUUUUUUUUUUUUACAUUGUUAACUUCUGUUGUGGCUUUUUUUUGCAUCCUUUUAUCUUUGCAGUAAAUAUAUAAUUUUUGCAAUUGCAACUUUUCUUGCGCUGUUAACUUUCAUUGUUUUUUUUGUUUUUUUUGCAUCCUUUUAUUGCAGUAAAUAUUUUUUUUUCCAUUGCCACUUUUUUGUGUCGUUAACUUCCAUUGAGGCUUUUUUUAAAAAUACAUCCUUUUAUUUUCGCAGUAAAUAUUUUUUUCCAUCGCCACUUUUUUUUGCGUUGAUAACUUCCAUUGAGGCUUUUUUUUUAUCUGCACUGUUUCUUUUUUAUCUGUCGUGGACUUCGGGUUCUUUUUUCUUUUUCUUUUUUUUUUGCAUCAGUAACUUCCGUUGUGACUUUUUUUUUUUUGCAUUUUUUUAUUUUAUUUGCAGCAGUGGCGGUUCUCGUCCACCGUAUAAACCCGCACACAAGUCCACUUGUUUAUAAAAUUCUAUCAGAGGAUGCGGCAAAUUACGUGUCGUAUCCUCAAACUAAAAUGUCCGACCGUACUUAAAGGCACCAUUUGACGAACGCUCUCUCAUCCACAGGGCGCCGCUACACGUCACGUCGCUGUCGUCAUCAGUACAUACAGGAAGUAAUGAUCCGCUCUGUGGUCAACGGUGAACGGAGGAGGAGGAGGAAAGAAAAGAGCCGAAGAGUAAAGCGACACAACAAUGUCAUCUGCGCCCCAACCAGCUGCGGACCGAGAGCUGAAUAUUUAACUUCUGCGGUGAGUACGAAGCGAAAAAACGCGAAAGACGAGAGGAAGUCGAACACGUUUGUGAUGGCAUCCGGGUUAACCUGUGCGCUGCUGGCAAGAGAGGACCCGAGGAUCACGACCUCACACUCAAUGCAAGGGUCAUUUAUGAGUGUGCAGGAGACUUUAAACUUCAAUAUUUCCUCAAACAAACAAAAAAAUGUUGAUUUAAAAAGUGGUUAUAGAGCAGGUGAAGCUCUGAACUGAAGUGUACAAUGAAUUAAACAGCUGCAGGUAAGAAUGUGGGGUUAUUCCAGAGCUAAUCUAAUGUUGUCUGCAAGUUUGAGAAGUACAGCACAUCCCUGGUGUUCGUGCACAAACUGCACACCAUCUUUUUAUUGAAUACACCCACUAAAAUCAGCUAAUGCACAUCUGUUUGGUGCCCUUUGACCUGCAAGGGGUUGGGAAACUGCCUUACAGCAACAUGAGAAGUAUUUAUGGGCCUCAAACUCACUGUCUUUUCCUUUGAAAUCCUUCUCCUUAGAUGUCAUCCUUUAUGGUGACAUAGGGCACCUUAUCAGCCUUAAAGCAGGGGAUGUACCACUUAUCUUGUUCAUGUAUUGUCAGACAUGUUAGGAUAAGUUAAUCGCUGAAAAUGUUUCCAAAGUUAACAUAGCUCAGAUGCUACCCUGAACUCAUUUUAUAAAGAAUCUUUGUAAUUGGAUUAGUUUAUGGUGUAUGGUGGCCGAGAACCGCCACUGCUGCAAAUAAAAAUUUUUUUAAAAAGAAUGCAAAAAAAAAAAAUUAUAAUAAAAAGCCAUUACGGAAGUUACCAAUGCACAAAAAAAAGAAACCAAAGCCCUCUGCAAAUAAAAAAGAAAUGGUGUAGACGAAAAAAAGUGAUGAUGGAAAAAAAUGAGUUACUUACUGUCAAAAUAAAAGGAUGCAAAUAAAAGCCUGAGUGAUAUGAAGUUGAACUGAAGCUAAAACUACACCAGCAUCCUCCAGUUCAACUUCAUAUCGACUCAGGCGCUACAUGGCCGAACCAAAUACACAUUAAAAAGUACAUGAAGUGAAAUUAAACAACUUUUCCACUUAAUUUUUUGCUCAUCAUAUCACCGUUGUCUUCUGUGCCUAGAUCGUAAAACACCGAUGCAUCAUCAUUAUUGAUUCCCGGUAGCUCACUUCCAAUGUGGCUUUUUUUAUUUUCGCAGUAAGUAACUUUUUUUUUUUUUUUUUGCAUCACCACUUUUUUUUUUUUUGCGUUAUUAACUUCUGUUGUGGCUUUUUUUUUUUUUUAAAAAUCUGCACUGUUUCUUUUUUUUAUUUGCAGCAGGCUUCAGUUUGUUUUUUUUUUUUUGAUCGUUAACUUCCGUUGUUUUCCUUUCUGAAUGUCGACCAUUUCAAAACAUCUGAGGAGCAGUUUCAGAUAGGGCUGGGAUGAUAUGCUUUUCUCCCGAUUCGAUUAUUUGACGAUUUUUUGGAUGCUGAUUCGAUUUUUAAACAUGAAAAUAGAUUUAAAAAUUGUGAAACAAAAAUUCGCGAUACUUAUGUGAAUCAAUUUCCUCUCCCGCCCCUAGUUUUGGAGGCCUGUCUCAGAACUCGAAGCCUCAGAAGAGUCACAUCAGUUUCUAUUAUCAGAACUCGUGUUUUGCUUCCUGUACAGUAGCCUCCCUGUUUUAGUUGCAGCGCCUCUGCUGUUGUUUUAAUCAGGCUGAUCUUUGGCCUCGCUCCCGUUACAGCGCUCGGAUUACAUCACAGAAACACCCCCCAGUAUGCCCACUAAUGAACUGACCGCAUGUUUGUCUUUAACAUCCACCCAGCUUGCAGCAUUUGCCGCUUUUCUCUGAGUUAUUGUGCGGGUUAUAAAAGCUCCCUUCACCUGUUGUACCUGCCCGUUCAAAGGUUGCCCUAAUGAAUGAGAACUCCAUGAAUGGCCUCCUGCAAGGUUUGACCC